CCAGACAACAAAAGGGGAAGGCCUUCCUCACAAUCUCAUAUAAUCCUCAUUCGCAUUUCCUCCGCUGAGAUACAAAACCCACCCCCUCACCCUCAUCUCUCUCCAAUUUCUUCCAUCAAAACCUAUAAAAGAACGUCUUUUUUGAAAAUUCCUACCCCCAUUUCCCAAGUUUCCCGCGAAUUCUCUCCGAUUUCAAUUUCUCAACUUUUCAUUUUCUUUCCCGAUUAUUGUCGAAACCCUAGAUUAUUGAAAGCUCAGAAAUUGUGGAAAAAGGAGGUUGUGCAGAUCUGAUUGAGGACGAUCAAUAGACCAAUUGCUUGGAACCCAGAAGAAAAUUUAAAGAAUUAAACUUUGAUUUGAUAUAUUUCUUUACCGUAAAGUAGUAUUUUUGGAAAAUCGACAAAGCCUUGAAGUGGGAUACUGGGAAUGGGGGAUCAAGGUGGAUUAGAAGAGAGCCAACCUGUGGAUCUUUCCAUUCACCCCUCUGGCAUUGUUCCCACUCUUCAGAAUAUCGUAUCUACAGUUAACUUGGAUUGUAAAUUGGAUCUUAAGCAAAUUGCGUUGCAAGCUCGAAAUGCAGAGUACAACCCCAAGCGUUUUGCUGCUGUAAUUAUGAGAAUAAGGGAGCCUAAAACUACAGCUUUGAUUUUUGCCUCUGGGAAGAUGGUAUGCACUGGUGCAAAAAGUGAACAGCAAUCAAAACUGGCAGCGAGGAAGGUAUCUGUUGAAUGCUUACAGAUUGGUAUUAACAUAGCAAAAAACAUAGUGAUAUAUUAUGCCCGAAUCAUCCAGAAGCUUGGGUUUAAUGCUAAGUUCAAGGAUUUCAAGAUUCAAAAUAUUGUUGGCUCCUGUGAUGUUAAAUUCCCGAUAAGACUUGAGGGUCUUGCAUACUCCCAUGGUGCCUUUUCAAGUUAUGAGCCAGAGCUUUUCCCGGGGCUGAUAUAUCGAAUGAAGCAGCCGAAGAUUGUUCUUCUUAUAUUUGUGUCAGGGAAAAUUGUUAUUACGGGUGCAAAGGUGAGGGAUGACACAUACAAGGCCUUUGAAAACAUAUACCCUGUCCUUACAGAGUUCAGGAAGGUCCAGCAAUGAUCCUGCGUAUACCAGACGGCGUGAGCAUUUACUGGCUGGCAGACACAUCUGAAUGUAGCUUGUGGUGCUGUCGUAGGCAUGCCUCCUGCUGCUGCUGGUGAAAGAUAUUUUUGGUUAGUUCUGGUUUGGUGGCGAAGGGGGGGGGGUUAGCACUUAGCACUAAGGUGUGAAUAUGUAACAGGAAUAGCAAGCUUUGUUGUUGUUGGUAACUUGGUGCGGCAAGAUGAUGCGCCAGGGCAGGGUUGAUGGGAUUGUGGAUGUUGGAGAAAGUUAUAAAUAAAAACGGUUGCAGUUUUGAGUU